ACGGCACAUCUAUGACGCCACACUCCAUCCGGGUCCUCCGCGCCUGGGCCAUGACGUCACGGGGUCCAGGAAUGGCGGCGCUGUCUGCAGAGGGAAGCAGUCCGAAGAGCCCGAAACUUUAUUCCUAACAUCACUCCGCGGCUACACGAGCUCCACUGUUCCACCGACGGCCAUAUCCAGCUCUUAAAGAGCCAGCGCAACAGCGGAACCAAGUCUCGACGUUGUUACCGCUGAAUUCUAACGUCCCAGGCUCUAUUAGUUUGGUUGACUUUGCGAGGGCCAAAAGACAAGAGCAAAGACAGCGACUAACGGUACAUAAAAACAACAAGCACCCCAAAGCAUAAUUUUUCGUGUCCGUCCAAUUCAUAGAAGGAUCUUACUUGUGUUUUGCUAGUUUUUUUGUCUUGCUCAUAAACCGAAAGGCAAGACGCUGGCCUGAUAAGGUGAAGCCACCAGCUGCGGGUUUGAUGCCACGAUGGAGAGUUUAACACUGAGCGAUGUCGAGCAGAAAUAUUACUCUGAACUCUUCCUCUCCUGUGAUGUCGAUAACACCAAGAAAGUGGCUUCCAAUGGCAAAGUUCUCGACCUCUUCCGGGCGGCCCAGCUCUCAAACGAAGUGGUGCUUCAGAUUACUGAACUUUGUGGGGCCACACGUCUUGGUCAUUUCGGUCGGAGUCAGUUCUACAUUGCACUGAAGCUCAUUGCACUGGCCCAGUCUGGAAUGCCCCUGCGUGUGGAGACCCUGAACAGUGUCAGGGAUCUGCCCCUCCCUCGCUUUGUGAUGGGCAAGAACGAGCAGGAGACGAGGCACGCGGUCAUGUUCGCAGACGCAGAGAAUCAGGGGCACUACUUCCCCAGACCUCCAGUCCGAGUGCAAGCCAAAAAAGUGUCAGCGCACGAGAUGAUUCAGCCCUGUGUGCCCACUGUUGAUCCUCAGCCGGACACCACAUCUCCUGUAGUGUCUCCGCACCAGUCGCCUCCCACUUCACCCCAUACCUGGAGGAAGCACAAACGCCAGGCCAGCGGUGGAAACGUGGACAGACAGCCCUCAGUGCCAGGAGUUGUUUGGCCACUUUUUAGAGAAGCACAGCCAGGACCAGUAACAGGUGACGGGAUGUGGUCCGCCCAUUCACCCCCUCCUGUCCAAGAAACUUGGGUCAGCUUUACAGACACCCCUCCCUCCAGCACACUUCCAAUGCAUCCCCCCUCAGCUCAGCCGGAGAGCACAACAGUAAGGACUGUGAUGUCUGCAAUGAUCACAAAUGAAAUCCAAAGGCAGACCAGUGGUUACGAUGACCCCUGGAAAAUCACAGAUGAGCAAAGACAGUAUUACAUAAACCAGUUUAAGACCAUUCAGGCAGAUCUCACUGGUUUAAUCCCUGGCUCUGCCGCGAAGGAAUUCUUUACGAAGUCGAAACUGCCUAUUCUAGAACUGUCUCACAUUUGGGAGCUAUCAGAUUUUGAUAAAGAUGGUGCACUGACCCUGGAUGAGUUUUGUGCUGCAUUUCAUCUUGUAGUCGCAAGGAAAAAUGGUUAUGACCUUCCUGAAAAGCUCCCCGAGAGCCUAAUGCCAAAGCUUAUUGACUUGGAUGACUCAGCAGGAGUUCCAGAACCUGCUGCUGAGGUUAGCUUCUCUGCUUCCCCUGUGGAAGUCACUCCAAAUAAGUCUCCUUCUAUGCCUUCCCUGAACCAGAACUGGCCUGAGCUCAACCAGAACAAUGAGUGGGAGACUUUUAGCGAACGCUCCUCAAGCUCACAAACUCUGACCCAAUUUGAUUCUAACAUUGCACCAGCUGACCCUGAUACAGCAAUAGUCCACCCUGUGCCCAUUCGUAUGACACCCAGCAAGAUCCACAUGCAAGAGAUGGAGCUCAAGAGAACUGGAAGUGAUCACACACAUCCAACUAGUCCGUUAAUGGCGAAACCACCAGAACUUUCUGACGAGACCAAGCUAGCAGCAUCUAUAAAGUUUCCUGGUACCUCUGUUGGAGAUGGCUAUAGCAGCUCAGAUUCAUUUACAUCUGAUCAAGAGCCCAUUUCCAGUGCUGUGAACAGACAAAGGUCUCACUCUGGCACCUCUCCGGAAGGACUGAAGGUUGUGGCUCCGCCCCCACCUCCGCCCCGCCCCCACGCCUCUCACUCACGGUCCUCCUCUCUAGACAUGAACCGAAAUUUUGCUGCUGUCCCUGCAGCAGGUUCGCAGCAGCAAGGUGUAGUGGCCUUCCCCCCCGCAGUGCCUCCGAGACCACUGCCCACACAGACAUCAGUGCCACAUGGUCACCGGUCAGUAGAGGGAGAUGGUCUUCCAGCACAUACCAGCACGUCACCCCAUCAGAUGCCAGAACAGCCCAACUUUGCUGACUUCAGCCAGUUCAAGGCUUUUGCUGUGGACCAGCCGGAAGAUGAUGAAGAGAACCCAUCUGAUAGUGGACAGGCAGAAAGAUGUGCAGAAGCUCCCGGGACGAUGAGAACAGCAAAGAACGAUGUUCAGGCAGAAGAACGAAAUGCAACCACUGUCAACUCUGCCAAAGUAUCCACUCCAUUGGCCCCACCUCCCAAACCGGUCCGUCGAAGACUGAAAUCAGAAGAUGAGCUCAGACCAGAUGUGGAGGACCUUCCCCAAAAGUCUAACGUCAUAGCCACUGUUCUAGCAACCCAGCCCUCAAUUCCACGGUCUAUCGGUAAGGAUAAAAAGGCAAUCCAGGCUUCCAUCAGAAGAAACAAAGAAACGAAUACAGUUUUAGCCAGACUCAACAGUGAAUUACAGCAACAGUUGAAGGACCUGCUAGAAGAAAGAAUAUCUCUUGAAGUGCAACUGGAACAGCUUAGACCUUUUUCGCAUUUGUAACCGGAGUGUGCGUGUGCUUGAGAUUGAAUGUGUGUAAUGAAAGAAUGAUUACCCCUUUUUUUUUUCUUUGUCUUUUUUUUGUGGUCUGUUGGAUCCUCUGGCAGGAUGUCCAUUUCACCCGUCUCCACUCCUCUGCUGACUGUGUGAGAUGAGACAAAAUCGCUGCUUCCUCCAGACCGUUCUGUCUCACACAGCCAUUCAGAGGGAUGGGGCCCAAGAUUAUUAUCCGUUAUGGCACUUUGAUGAAACAGAAAGUAUGAGUGGUUGUAUAUGUAAUACCACAGACAUUGCAGGUUAUGUUUAGUGUGUGAGGCAAGAGCCUGAUGUCAUGGCCGGCAAGAGGCUGUAAUUCUGGUUAACAUGAAGGAGCCUCUUCCCCUCCUGUUCUCCAGAGUCUCGAGGCAGCUUGUCAUGUUCUUCCAUGUUAGGGCACCCGUGUGUGCUCAGACAAUCAUAUGAGGCCAUGCGCUGGUCCUAAAAAGGAGAGAACUGAUUUUUGGGAGAUCAUGUUAUUUCAAAAGUAUGCUUCAGUAAACUGAUUCUGACAGGCACUUGUUAAAAGGACAGUUCAUCCAAAAAUGUCAUUGCAAACCUGUAUCAUUUUUUUUUUUUUUUAAAUUUGAAGAAUGUCCUGGCUGAUCUUUUUCCAAAUGAUGAAAGUAAAUGAGGUCUAGGGCUGUCAAGCUCUACAAAUACAAAAGAAACACCAAGAAAGUGGUCCAAAAAACUUGUGUGCUAUAUUUCAAAUGUUUUUUUAGUUAUAUGAUUGCUUUUUACAAGGAACAGAAGCUUAUUUUCUGCUCUAGUUAACUGGAGUGACUGAAUCAUUGAGUUGAACUAAUGAACUGGAUCAGUCAAAUUUGUGAACGAUUCAUUCAUUUAUUUAUUUAUUUAUCUGGAUCAACUGAAUCAUGAAAAGGAUUCAAACAAAAUUAAAUGAAUCAAUUGUUCACAAAUCGGACAGUUCUACCUCUCUUAUGACAAAACGUCAAAGAGAAUUACAAAUAACGACUUAAGUCGGUCCCUAAAGUAAAAUCUAUUUUAUGGCUGAAAUGAUUUUGAAAUAUAAUGCACAAGUGAAAUAAGCUGAUACUUUAAUGCUGCUUUUCUUUGUUAGCCCUCAUUUACUUUAAUUAUAUUUAAAAGAGUUGAAAAUUCCCUUUUUUUGAUACACGGAUGAAGGAAACUCGUACAGGAUUGAACAAUUUGGAGCAAAUGACAGAAUUAUUUUCGGAUGAACUAACCCUUUAAUCUUUCUUCCUUGCCAUACCAAUGGACGGCACAUUGUGUGUGUUUGUUUCAUGUGCAUGAGAGAGAGUUUGAGGACAACCGUUACAAAAGAAUGGCAUCAAAGGCUGCUUUAUUUCCUUCUCUUAACACACUCUGUUUUGGUAUAACAAAACGACCCGUUCGACCUUGUACAGUCUUUCACCCAGGGAUGGCAGAUGUUCCUCUCUCAGUCUCAAAUGUUGGCUGUACCUCAUACGGUACAUCAUCUGCAUCAUAAACUCUGUGACAUCAUUAGUACAUAAUUGUGAGACCUGAAACAAUGACUGCACUUUCUCCCCUUCGGCUUUCAUUUGUCUUUUCUCGUCACUGUUUUUGCAUGUCAUUCACAAUCUCAUUUUGUAUAAAACGGCUCUUAACGAUGAACCACUUGAUUUGUAUCUGUAACGUCUGAACUAGUGUGACGUUUGUGUUGUUACAUAGAUUUGCGUCAUGUCUCUCAUUCAUUCAUUGUUUUUGACUGAUGUCUGUCUUUUUCUUUUACUCAUCCUUAAAGCCUUACUUCCUGGUGUGCAGGUUUUCACAGUAAUGUGUCCCCCAUGUUAAAUCAAGGUGAGCCUUUUCUCCCCGCUGUUCAGGCUGAUUUACUGUAUCAGGGGUAUGUUGUAUAUUGUAUGAUACACACCUUUUGAUCUCGUAUGUAAAUUUGCAUUAAUUGCUGACUAACAGCAAAUAUUCUAUUUAAUUGCUCAUAUAAUGGCUGUGGGAUCAUAAACGUUUAACUGCAUGGAUGUGUCUCUGCAGAAUGAACUAGCAGCUGUGUGAUUUUUACACAAAAUAAAAAUGGCACAAUAUUUUAAUAAUUUC